AUGCUGGGAAAUAACGAGCACUUUUAUCCCGGUCAGGAUGACAAAGAUGGGGAGGAUGAGGAGGAGGAAGAGGAGCAGGGAGGAGAAAACAGAGAAGAGGAAGGUGGACGUGACACGGAGAAUGGAGGGUUAGAGAGUCUGGAGGAGAAGGAAAUGACGGGAGGACGACAAUCCUGGGAAGGGAAAGCUGGCGAGGUGGUGAAACCAGCAGCCAUUGUGGUCGGCAGACAGAGAGCAGACCGGCCGCCGAGGCCUGGUAACCUGGCCAACCGGGGUAUCACAUACAUGACCAGCCAAGCCCCGCUACAUCAUCAGCUGGCCAAUAAGCAACUGCAUCAUCUCAUCGCAGGCAAUCAACAGCCUCACCACCUGAAUGCACUGCAGAAGAGACGAGCUCUCAUGGAGCGCAGCAUGACCACAGUGGCUCCACUGGAGGACACUUUCCUGACCAUGAUGGUGUUCCGCAUUGGAAUUCCUGAUAUCAAACAAACAAGGUGUCUCCAGUUUGAUCCGGACUGCACAGUGUGGAACGCAAAGCAGCAGAUCAUUUGCUCCCUCAGUGAGUCGUUGUGGGACGCCUACAACUACGGCCUCUUCCAGCCGGCCGGAGAUGGCCGGGACGCCAAGUUCCUGGAAGAGGAGCGGGCCCUGCGAGACUACUCACAGUCCUUUGAGAAAGGGGUGCCUUACCUAGAGUUUAGGUACAAAACCAGAGUUUAUAAACAGACAAAUCUGGAUGAAAAAGCUCUCGCCAAACUCAGCACGAAGGCCAGUCUGAAGAAGUUCCUGGAUUAUGUUCAGACUGGAACAAUAGAGAAAAUGGCAAAAGUCCUUGACAAAGGUCUUGAUCCAAACUUUCAUGACCCUGACACUGGAGAGACCCCGCUCUCUGUGGCUGUGCAGUCUGGCCUGCCGGUGGAGGGCAUCAGGGCGCUGGUUCAGGGCGGCGCUCAUUUGGAUUUUAGAAACAGAGACGGCUUGACAGCGGUGCACAAAGCUGUUAGGGCUCACAAUCACGCUGGCCUACUGGUUCUCUUGUCCCUCGGAGCAUCUCCAAACUACAGAGACCGCUGUGGCCUGACCCCGCUGUACCACACUGUACUGACAGGGGGCGACACGUCCUGCUGCGAGACCUUGCUGUACUACAGGGCCAAGCUGGGGACGAGGGAUGAGAAUGGCUGGGACGAGUCCCAUCAGCUCAGGGAUGAAGAGGAGUUUGGAAUGGAAGAAAUGCAUAAGGCGUGCCAGAAUGGCUUUGCCCAGCACUUGGAGCAUUUGCUGUUUUAUGGGGCAGACACCUCUUCUCAAAAUGCCUCAGGGAACACUGCACUUCACAUUUCUGCUCUGUACAACAAGGAAAGCUGUGUUCGCGUUCUUCUGUACAGGGGAGCAAAUAAGGAGGCAAAGAACAAACAUGGUCAGACCCCUUUUCAGCUAGCUAUAAUGUCUGGUCACUUUGAACUCGGGGAAAUCAUCAAAAAUCACAAAGACUCUGACAUAGUGCCCUUUUUGGAAUCGCCAAAGUAUGUUCCCAAGCGAAAAGAGAGCGCCCACACUCUGCCUCUCCCCUCACUUCAUUCCCACCCCUUACUGCGCGCUAACAGCGAUAACACCAUGUCCCAGUCCGACCCUCUGGCUGCGCCCAGCAAGGCUGCAACCAAUCCCAACCCGGGACAGGCCCAGCGCAGGGCCUCCAUAGGCAUGAGAAGCUCCAGCAGCCCCAGAACUCGUACUCGGUCCCCAUCCAGAGGGAGAGGAGGCCAAAGUGACACAGAGGAAAGGCACCGGCAGCCAAGAGGCAGACAGGGUGCAACCUCAGCGGGCAGUGGGGGAGGUCAGAUGAAGCGUAUGUACAGUGCAGUGCCGGGGCGGGUAUAUGUGGCCACUCGUGCCCACUCUGCUAGUGGAGACAGAGAGCUCUCGCUUAGCAAAGGCGACAAAGUUAAAGUGUUAAGUGUGGGAGAGGGGGGAUACUGGGAGGGAACCGUGAAAGGUCGCACUGGCUGGUUUCCUUCAGACUGCGUGGAAGAGGUGGCGGGCCUCACCAAAGACAGUCGAUCAGAGACACGCAGUGAGAAAGCCAAGAGGAAGCUUUUCCGUAACGUCACUGUCGGAGCAUACGAUGGCACCGAUGGCCCCAGUGACUACAUCAUUAAGGAGAAGACAGUGCUCCUACAGAAGAAAGACAAUGAGGGCUUUGGCUUUGUGCUUAGGGGAGCCAAAGCUCAGACUCCCAUAGAGGAGUUCACUCCAACGCCAGCGUUCCCCGCGUUGCAGUACCUGGAGUCUGUCGAUGAGGGGGGCGUGGCCUGGAGGGCGGGCCUGAGAAUGGGGGAUUUCCUCAUCGAGGUGAACGGCCAGAAUGUGGUGAAGGUUGGGCACCGGCAGGUAGUCAACAUGAUCCGACAAGGCGGCAACAGUCUCAUGGUGAAGGUUGUCAUGGUCGCUCGAAACCCUGAGCUGGAGGACACUGCUCGGAAGAGAGCCCCGCAGCAGACUAAAAGACUGACUCCUCCUGCCAUUGCCCUGCGCUCCAAGUCAAUGACAUCAGAGCUGGAAGACAUGGUGGACAAAGCUGCCUCUCCAUGGAAAAAGAAAGCAGAAUACGACUCCUCUCAGGGUCCUGAUAAGAAGAGGACAGUCUAUCAGAUGGCACUGAAUAAACUGGAUGAAAUCUUGGCUGCUGCCCAACAUACUAUUACACCAGACAACCAGGGCCAGAGGGGUCAUGGAGGCAAGCGGGACCGGAGCAAGAGUAUUGUUCCCAACAUCUCCAAUGAGCAACCCUAUGAGCAGCAGUCAUCAGUGAGCAUGGUGCAGCAUGGACCAGGUUUUGGCUACAACCAAGCUCAUUUUCAACCAGGCCACAGUCAGCAUGCAGUCAUGAUGCGUCAAAAAUCUAUUGGUGUAACAGAGGAGGAAAGGCAGUACCUUCACCCACCUGCUAUGAAGCUGGCUCGCAGCUUGUCAGUGCCAGGACCAGAGGAAAUCCCACCACCCCCUAAUACAUCCGCCCCAGAUCCGCCUUUAUCUGCAGGCCCUCAUCCUGUGAGAGGGCCUGCCAUGCCCAUACCCCCAGUUUCUCAAGCCCAUUACCAACUCCACUCCCAGCCAGGUCAUCCUACUCAAGCAGGCUGGGAGAGAGGAGGUCCUGGUGGGAUGAACCAGCAGGUCAUGGUCCCCACCCUCCGCAGACAGUCAGAGGGACUGUGUGUCAGAGAGCCGGAGGCACCCAGAAGAGGUGGUGGCAAGAUGGGAGGGUUAAGGAGAGGCUACAGCAGCGCUACACCACCGACAAGUGCUAAGCCUAAGGCCCAACAAGUGCCACAACAUCACCCGCACAUGCCCAACCGCGAGCAGAGUGGAGGGGUUGCUAGGGGGGCGGCCAGGAGGGGUGGUCGAGGAGCUUUGAUGAAGCAAUCGAAAGUUGAAGAUGGGCUGAGACAGCAUAGAGGAAAGGGAGGUGCAGCCAAAGAGAAGAGCUCCAUCCCCAUCCCCACCAUCAUUGUCAAAGCGCCCUCCACCAGCAGCAGUGGUCGAAGCAGCCAGGGUAGCAGCAUGGAAGCUGAACCCACCCACGAUGCGGAAGACCAAACCUCAGUAGAUGCAACCUCAGACAGCCCCAGCACCAGUCUGCCCUCACCACUCACCCCUUUGCCACCUCAGCCCCCUACAUCCGCUUCCUUGCCUUCAUCCACUGUUGUCCCAUCCAUUUCCUCGCAGCAAAACUUGGAAAACUUGGAUUACACCUCAACAUUCGGUACAGCCUUUGAAGGAGGAGGAGGGGGAGGAGGCGCACGGAGGGAAAGGGAACGUUUUCGGGAUAUGAGAAGAAAGAGCGCUUCUUUCUUCCUCUCAUCUGAGGAGGACAUCCAAGGAGAGGCAGGAGGAGGAGUAGGGGAGGGAGGAGGAGUACUAGGGGCAAGAAUUCAGCCUUUACAAGGCUCACAAAUGGAAGUGCCCACCCCUCGUCUACGUCCCUCCAAGUCUAUAGAUGAGGGCAUGUUUUCUGGAGACAGCUAUGUUAACUAUUCCAGCAGCAUGCCCCCAGCCUUUGGCCUGCCUGAGUAUUCGUCCCCUGUCCUCAGUCAGGAUGGCCAGCCCAAGUCAGCUCCCUCACUGUACGGCACCCAGCACACGACUACUUUCAUCCAUCCGCUUACAGGGAAAGUUCUGGACCCCUCGUCCCCACUUGGACUGGCCCUAGCUGCAAGAGAGAGGGCCCUAAAGGAUGACCGCAGGACGCGCAGGGAAGAGAGACACUUUGGUCGGCAGCUGUCCACGGUUGGAGCAUUCCCUACCCCUGUUCAAACCCCAACUCCGUCACUUUUUGCAACUCCGACACAAUCAACCUACACUUCCCCAGUGUCCCUCCACCUAAGUUCCCCCACUGCCACCACCUCGCCUGCAUCUCUGAGUCGGCCACAGUCACCAAGGAUAUUACGUUUGGGAGGAGGAGGUGGCGAGAGGAUGGAGAGGGAAAAGGAGGGAGGACCCCGGGAGGGUCUUAGGGUUCGCUUCUCAGAGGAUAGAACCAAUCAGUAUUCAACCCAGUAUUACCCGCAGGGCACCAGGGAGAGAGAAAGAGAAAAGGAGGUGUAUGACAGCAGACCUGCUCCACCCAUACAGCCUCCUCCACCGCCGGCUCAACCUGCACCCCGCAGGCCUUCUUUUCUCCAGAUGGAAAACACUCCUCACACCAGCUACAUCCCUCAGUACACUGUCCCUACAGCUCCAGCACAGACACAUGAAGCAAUGGGAGAAGCAAGAGCAGGGACGGGCGGAGGUCUAGGAUUGAUGGUUCUCCCUCCACCAGCUCCCUCAAUAGAUGCAGAUGACGAGUUUGUCUUUGCAGAUCCCUUGCCCCCUCCUUUGCAGUUUGCUAAUGGUAAGAACGAGCGAGUCCAAGAGUUUCCUCAGCAGCAUCAGCACAUGAGCCAACACUCUGCUGAUGUUGCUCCACCUCCUCCACCCCCUCUUCCAUCUACCAAGUCCUCAAACGCAACCCAACCCUCUCCACAGGGUGGUGACUCUGCCGCCUCCAGCCUUACCUCCUACGACAGUGAGGUGGCAAACCUUACACAGUCAGCUCUUUCUCCAUCGUAUCCGUCCCCACAGAUAUUUCCCCCUUCCUCCACCGCCACCACCACUUCUUCUGUGGCUUUGCCUGCCACGUCACUACACAGACCCCAGCCCAUGUCCCAUUCUCACCCCUAUUACAGCAGCUCUAAUGACUCCUCAGUUGGUGGUCACACUGCCUCCCAGGACAGAGGCACAGCUGCCCUCACCGCCACCAUGACCUAUGGUACCACUACCAUGACAACCUCUGCCGCCGCAUCCACCACCACAACCUCACCGUCAUCCUCUGACUACAGCAUGACCAUGGCUGGACCCAAGGCUGGCCUCAGCACAGGUGGUAAAGCUGCUGACCCCACUCAUCACCCUACUAUUAUACCCAAGAGCGGAGACUGGCAAGAUGCUGUGGUGGAUUCUGGGAUUGAGGAGCUGGACAGUCACAGUAGUAGCGACCACCAUUUAGAAAUGCUGGGACUGAGUGGGCUGAGAGGAGAGAGGGGAGGGAUAGGAGGAGAUGGGCGAGGAGGAGAGGGAGAGAAAGGAGGUGAGCAUCAGGAUCCUUGCACAACCUACUCAGGUGGGCAAACAUUUGAGGUGCACAGCACCAAACUGGCAAACCCUGUGUUUCCAAAGAUGACUCAUUACAAGGAAGGGGGAGGGAGAGUCCUGCCUGUAGCACUACGCAGGCAGAACAGCACCAACCCUGCUCCUUUGCAGUUGCAAAGACAAAGCAACCCAGAAGAUGCCAGGUUCGAUGGAGCUCUUGUAGAUGAAAGGAAGCGCAAGCAGAGUCGAUCCAAAAUGGAGGAUGGCUUUAGCUCUGCUCUGGCUGCCUGCUUAGAGAGGCCCAUGGACGCUCGGUCGGUGGGCUGGGUUGAGGUUGGGGACCAUGAGCUGGGUGGAGGUGGAGUGCAGAGAGAUGGUAUGGUUUUGGAGGGCCGCAGACUUCACUCGCCUCUUUCGGGUGUGAAGGCCAGCAUCAUCAAUGAGCUAAGCUCCAAGCUGCAACAGAUGAGUAGCAUGAAGAGCAUGGAUGACUGGAGCCACACUCCAAAGGCGGCCACCAUGCAUAGAUAUUCGGCAGAUUUCACUGAUGCGUUUCACAGCCCCCCUACUGGCCGCUCCACCUCGCCGUUACCCACCUCCUCCCCACAGCAUCGUCAGAUCCUGACACCAAAUCUGUCAGCCACCCCGUCUGUCUCCCCUUCCCCCCAAGUCCCGAUUCAGCGCAACUGGACCCGCUCCCCAUCUCCACAGAUGCCUUCCUCCCCAGUUCAUUCACAUCCUCCCCACUCUCCGACUUACUGCCCAUACCCAACGUCGCCAAAGCAUCGGAAGAUGCGCAGGCAGACUUUUGAUUUUCAGUGUAGUCCCACUAAGGAGAUGCGGUCUUCAGUCUCCCGGCGCCGGGCUCCCAGCCCUCUUAUCUAUAACACUGAACAGCCAAACCCCAGCCCUCCCAGACCUUCUUCACUGCCCAUCCUUCCCAGUACACCUGUCUACAACAACCCCUUUGAAUUCCCUGGACCCCUCACUCCUCCUUCACCUGGGAUCCCUCUUGGAGAUACCUACAAGGCUUCAACUCCUCCACUGUUCUCCCCAUCUGGUGUGCCAAGUCCAAACCCCCUACUUGUCUCCCGCUCUCUCUCCCCCACCCAUUUUCUCUCUGGCGCCUCCUCCCCCAUGCACUUGCCCCCCAGCCCGUCCUGCCUCAAUUAUCCCCAUCUCACCCCUCCUCCGCCAGCCAAACCCUUUGCUGUCAAGCCCCUGCCCUUCUGGACCAAGUACGACGUGGCCGACUGGCUGGCUUACCUAAACCUGGGUGAACACAGAGAGCGUUUUAUAGACAAUGAGAUAGAUGGAUCACAUCUGCCUUCACUCACCAAGGAUGACUUCUUGGACCUCGGAGUGACACGUGUGGGACACCGAAUGAACAUCGAGAGGGCGCUGAAGAAACUCACUGACAGGCGGCUCUCCUCUCCUUUGCAUGUCACUACUCCCCGAGACACAGACUGAGAGAGUGAAGGGGUGAUUCAAAGAUGAAAGAAAGGGACAGAAACAAAUUGGCAAAGAUGAACACUAACAGAAGAUGUACAAGAGAAGAACAGUGGACAUCAACAGGCUGUGUUGAACUAAGCCUAAGGGCUGGGUGUGUGUGUGUGGGGGGGGUGUUUUCUUGCAAAUUUGCUAUACAUGUAGAGAAUACUGUUUAUGAAAUUUGUGACUAUUGGUCAAGAGAGA